AUGGCGAAGCGAUUGCUGCACGCAUGCACUGCUGCCCUCCGACCAACCACGCGCGUCAUCGCACUUCAAGCCGCGCUGGCUCCUCCGCAUCUCCUUCCCCCUGUUCCUCCCCAUGUGCUGACACCGCCCUCUGACCGUCCGAUCUCCGACCAACAAAACCAGCCCGCCACUCCCGCACAGCAACCACCCCCCACCACAUCGAACCUCGAGCCGCAUCCGCCAAAUGCGCCAAUUGCGCCCCCCACAAAAAGGCUGUCCCAGCAUAAAAGGCUCAGUGUGCUCGGAAAGAAGGACGGCGGUGAAGGCGGCGGCAACGGGAAUGGCGGUGGCAAGGGGAAGGGCGGCGGCAACGGGAAGGGCGGUGGCAAGGGUGGCGGAAAGGGCGGCGGAAAUGGCGGCGGCAACGGGAAGGGCGGAAAGGGAGGGGGGUGGAAAGGGCCUAGUUUCGGAAAAAAGGGAAAGAGCAAGAUCGUGGGAGCAGCGUCGGCAACGCUUCGCGGAGAAGAGGUGGUGGAUGCUAACGGGAACGUGAUCGGCGAUAGAAACGCCACAGGGGUCAUUGAUCUCGUGCUCGUCCGGAACGACACCGUCUACGACCUCCACUUUCAAGUCGGCAUCGCGCUGACGGAUUCCGGCGAGCCGACGUCCGUCACCGUCAACGAAGGAGCCGAAGGAACUAACGGAAACGUGGUCAUCGACUUGACGCAAGACACCACUUGGACGAACACCACCGGGAAUGCCGCGGCGGGCCCGCGCUACGGCCGGAAGAAGAAGGGCUGGGCCACCAGUGCGCUUGGAAAGAAGGACGGCGGUGACGGCGGCGGCAAAGGCGGCGGAAAGGGCGGCGGAAAUGGCGGUGGAAAUGGCGGCGGAAACGGCGGCGGAAAAGGCGGCGGAAAGGGAGGUGGAUGGAAGGGACCGAAAUUCGGAAAAAAGGGGAAGGGCAAGAUCGCGGGAGCGGCGUCCGCGACGCUUCGCGGAGACCAGGUGGUGGACUCUAGCGGGAACUCGAUCGGCGAUAAGGACGCCACAGGAGUCAUCGAUCUCGUGCUCGUCCGGAACGACACCGUUUACGAUCUGUACUUCCAAGUCGGCAUCGCGCUGACGGAUUCCGGCGAGCCGACGUCCGUCACCGUCAACGAAGGCGCCGAAGGAACUAACGGAAACGUGGUUAUGGACUUAACGUCAGACAUCACGUGGACGGACACCACUGGGAAGGCCGUGGCAGGUCAUCGCUACGGUCAGAAGAAGAAGGGCCGCGGUUGGGGGCGGGGCUUUUUCGGCGGCGGCAAAGACAACUCCCUCGGCAAUUUGAACUCGUAUUACUCUAGGGGAGUGAUUCGCGACGCGUCGUCGCGCACUAAUGACCAGGGCGACACGUACUUAGUGGCCAUGCAGAACCUUCUGGCCUCGCCCGAUUCGUACUACGGGCUCGUUAAGACUGCCGCGUAUACUGAGGGCGCGGCACGGGGGCAGUUCGUGAAGGGGCCUCUUGGAUGGGGCGUGUGGCGGAAUCGGGGUUUCUGCUUCAACUGUGUCUAA